UGAAAAUAUGCUUCUAGAUGAGGAGAGAAACCUGAAGCUGAGAACUUUGGUCUUGCCACCAGGUUAGAGCUGGCAAGGUACUGCAAGAACAAUGUGGGACCAAGACCUACAAUGAUCCAGAACUGGUACUGGGAGAGGGCUAUGAUGGGAAGAAUUCGGAUGUGUAGACUCUGGGUGUGCUGCUCUAUUUUAUCACCACCAGGAACCACCCCUUCUGAGGAGACACCCUGGACAAGAUGGAGAGGAGAAUCAUAAAAAUGACCUAUGACCUAUCAGCUCAAUUCUCUGGGCAACUGGAAAAGCUAAUUCACUAAAUAUUCACAGUUUCCCAGAGAGAAGGCCCUCCGUUGAAGACCUUCAGCAUCAUUCUUGGGUCAUGAAAUGGGAAGAAAACAUCCCAAGUGACACCUACUUAGAUCCCAAUGUCCUAGACACACUGUCAUCUUGGGUUCAUUAUCAAUGCUGUCUUGUAAUCCUUUGUGAAGGGAAAAUACAAUGAAAUGAUGGGGACAUACCUCAUCAUCAAAGAGCAGUCACACAAGGGGCUAUGGUUUGCACUUGGCUUCACCACUUCAGCCAAGCCUGUGGACUUUGGAGUUGCAACUCCCCUUCCCAGUACGUUUCUGUAUCUCUGGUCUUCACCUAAAACAAAUGGCCAGUGAGUCCACCUUUGGCCUCUUCCACACUCAGCCCUCACCAAGACAAUUUAGCACCAGGAAACAAGGUUGCUAGACGUGCCUCCAUGCCUUUAUGUUGUCCCCAGAAAAAUAGCCCCACUUGUAUUCUUCGUGGGAGCACACUGACCACCUAGCCUCAUGGAAUGCCAACCCAACAACAGAGCUUGAACAGCCAAUAUAUGGUCCUAUUUCCCAUCGGCCAAGGUGCAUUUGGCUCGAAUCUGGCCUACCAUCGCAUCACAGGCAUGCUGGUGGCAAUAAAAUUUAUAGAUAAUGUUGAGGAAGACGUCCGGUUCAUUGUAUCAGAGAUGGGGGUCCUUGAAAAACUGCACCAUCCUAACAUCAUUCGCCUCUUCCAGGUGCUGGUAACACCAAAGCAAAUCUGCUUCAUUACUGAGUUUGUCCCAGGAGGAGACUUGUUCCAAAAAGUAGUAGAAAAGGGCAGGCUGCGGGGGGAAGAGGCACAGAAAAUAUUCGGGCAGAUCCUGUCAGCCAUCAUGUUCUACAAUGACCUUAACAUCGUGCAUGGAGAUCUGAAGCCCGAAAACAUCCUCUUAGACAAGGAGGGUAACGUGAAGCUGGCAGAUUUUGGUCUGGCCACCAGGUGUAGAGCUGGAACUCUACUGCAAGAGCAAUGUGGGACCAGGACCUUGAAUGCCCCAGAACAGGUACUGGGAGAGGGCUAUGAUGGGAAGAAGUCGGAUGUGUGGAGUCUGGGUGUGCUGCUCUAUUAUAUCACCACUGGGUACCCCCCCUUCCAAGGAAACACCAUGGAAGAGAUCGAGGGGAAGAUCAUAACAGGCACCUACGACAUCCCAGAUAAUGUGUCUGGGCAACUGGAAAAUUUAAUUCACCAAAUGUUGACAGUUGUCCCAGAGAGGAGGCCCUCCAUUGAAGACCUUCAGCAACAUCCAUGGGUCAUGAAGUGUGAAGAACACAUUCCACGUAAGACGUUUUUAGAUCCAAACCUACUAGACUCACUCUUUGACCUUGGCUUUAAUGUGAAAGAGGUUUGGGAAUCCCUAAGAAAAAACAAAUAUGAUAAGUUGAUGUGGACAUACCUAAUAAGCCCAGAGCAGGCAUGUAAGGGGCUGCAACUUGAGUUUGGCUACCCCACCUCAGUGAAGCCUGUGGACACUGGCGUUGUGUCUCCUGCAACCCCAGAAUAUCCCUCUAUUUCUGGUCCUCACAUAAAAUGGAGGGCCAGUGAGCCCACCCUUGGCCUCUUCCACCCCCAGCUCUCACAACAGCACCUGCAUGUUAUGCCAAGAGCACCAGGGCAGAAGGCAGCCAGAAGUGACUCCAUGCCUGUGCUUUUUCCCAGGAAGAAGUGCUGGACUGCCAGCUAAGGCCCCCAAUCCACAGCCUCAACUUGCCCAAGUUCUUGAGCAGCAUAUCCGAACUGGAAUCGCUAUAGUCACUUGCGACAGAGUCUGACAUGGAAAAAUGAACUGGCCCCUCAGAGCAGCAGGUGCUUCUGGAGACUCUGCAAGACAAUCAGGGCCUGCCUCUCAAGAUUAUGAUGCUUCUCAGGGGGGCCAAGACACAAGACAGGACUCUGUUCAACAACAAAGUGGGUCCCUUAGAGAGGCAGGGUGCAGAGCCAAAUAAGGAAUUGGGCACACAGAUAUGAGAGGGUCCAUAUGUGCUUCGCAUUUAUUUUCAUGUCUUUUCAGCAGAAAAAUCAGAAAUGUGUAUGCUUGUUUUGUGGGGACCAAUAGGGUGUUCACAUAUAUUUCUUCACCAGGUGCUUUAAUUAAACACUGCCACUUAUCAUUCCUCCUCAGGAAGACAUCCUGCUGGAACAUUCUCAGGUUGUGUCCAAUGUUACUGAACUA